AUGGAUUUAUGUAUAGCUAGGAAUAGUAAAUCACCCUUUUUCUUAUAUGAACUUGCUAAAAAUGUUAUCUCAGCUGAAUGGAAAAAUAUCAAACUUGUUGUUGAUUUUGUUAAAAGAAAGGAAUUCAGAAUAAAAUAUAGGAAUAAUAAUUCCUUAUAUCUUGUCUGUCCAGAAGAAUUUUUUCAGAAAUAUGAUACAGCUUAUGAUAAUAACAAUAGGUUUUCGAAAGAAAAAUAUUAG